AUGGGUUUCACCACGCGGUCCGAUAUCGGUCCUGCGAGGGCGGCACCGGACAUGCGGCGCAACGGGCACAACGCGGCGCCGCUGGGGGAGGCGCCGGAGGGGGGUCGGGGGAAGGGUGGGGGGGAGAGGGGGAGCAGGGCGAUGCCAGACAUGCCGGACCGCAACGCGGCGCUGCUGGCCUCCUCACUCUUCUCCCUUGGCUCCUCAGUGCAGCGUGGAGCAGUGGCAUCCGCAGCUGUCCCCUCCGCUCCUCAUUAG